AGUUUCCUGUGAGCUCUGUAUUGACUGACCUGCGGGCGCAGAAGAUCCGGAUGCUCACACACACGCUAGCAUGUCCGCACUUAGGAAAAAAUUUGGCGACGAUUACCAAAUAGUGACCACUUCAUCCAGCGGCUCGGGCUUCGGCCAGGCGGCUCCAGAGCGCAAGCGGAAACGGCAGCGCUUUGUGGAUAAGAACGGCCGCUGUAACGUGCAGCACGGUAACCUGGGCGGAGAAACCAGCCGCUACCUGUCCGACCUGUUCACCACUCUGGUGGACCUGAAAUGGCGCUGGAACCUGUUCAUAUUCAUCCUGACCUACACGGUGGCGUGGCUCUUCAUGGCCUUCAUGUGGUGGUUGAUCGCGUACGCGCGCGGAGACCUGAGCCGAGCGCACGAUGACAAGUACACACCGUGCGUGGCCAACGUGUACAACUUCCCCUCAGCCUUCCUCUUCUUCAUUGAGACCGAGGCCACGAUCGGCUACGGCUACAGGUACAUAACGGACAAGUGUCCCGAGGGCAUCAUUCUGUUCCUCUUUCAGUCCAUCCUCGGCUCCAUCGUGGACGCGUUUCUAAUAGGCUGCAUGUUCAUUAAGAUGUCGCAGCCCAAGAAAAGGGCUGAGACCCUGAUGUUCAGCGAGCACGCAGUCAUCUCCAUGCGGGACGGAAAACUCACACUCAUGUUCAGGGUCGGAAACCUGCGCAACAGCCACAUGGUUUCAGCCCAGAUCCGCUGCAAACUGCUCAAAUCUCGGCAGACCCCUGAAGGUGAGUUUCUCCCUCUAGAUCAGUUGGAGCUAGAUGUGGGUUUCAGCACUGGGGCAGAUCAGCUCUUCUUGGUGUCUCCUCUCACCAUCUGUCAUGUGAUCGACAGUAAAAGCCCCUUUUAUGAGCUCUCCCAGCGCUCCAUGCAAACCGAGCAGUUUGAAAUAGUGGUAAUCCUGGAAGGAAUUGUGGAAACCACAGGUAUGACUUGCCAAGCGAGGACGUCAUACACGGAAGAUGAGGUGCUAUGGGGCCAUCGGUUCUUCCCUGUUAUCUCUCUGGAGGAGGGAUUCUUCAAGGUGGACUACUCUCAGUUCCAUGCCACGUUUGAGGUCCCCACACCACCCUAUAGUGUAAAAGAGCAGGAUGAGGCCCUGCUCAUGUCCUCUCCACUCACAGCUCCAUCAUUGUGUAACAGUGGUGACAAGAACAACUCUCUGGACUGUCUGGAGCUUUUGGAGGAUGUGGAGACAACCACCAAGCUCCCAGCUAAGCUGCAGAAGAUGACAGGACGUGAUGGGCUGCCAAGGAAGCUGCUCCGAAUGAGUUCCACUACAUCAGAGAUGACCUACAGCCUAGGAGACCUGUCCACAAAGCUGCAACGUAUAAGCUCUGUGCCAGGUGUCUCUGAAGAAAAGAACGUAUCCAGGAGUGCCAAAAUAAAUGCUGAGCCCAUCAGCCAAUCAGUGGCAGAUUUGCCUCCCAAGCUGCAGCGAUUGGCAGGGGGAGGGGGUGGAGGACGUAUGGACGGACAUUUGCCACCCAAAUUACGAAAGAUGAACUCGGAUCGCUUCACAUAGAUGAAACAAGCAACCACACACAUAUACUAUAAUUCUCCCUUAGGCUUGCUAGCAUGGACAGAAUCUUACGCCUAGCGUACCUAUAAAUAAGACAACUUUAAUAAAGCACAUUUGUGGAGAUUUGUGGGUAGACAUGCAGCAAGCGAAU